AUAAAUAAAGGACAUCAGUACUUUUGAGAGAGACGCCGUGCCAGACGGCUUCACCGCCUUGUGGCUCCACUCACCAGCGCUUCAAUGGCCGCUCCAGAGCUCGAAGUUGCAGUGUUCAUCGAUACUGAUUUCGGCACCCAUCUUGCCGUCGCUGUUCCGCCGCACAUUGCCGCCGGAGCUUUAAAGAAGAGACCCUUUACAGAGAGACCCUUUACGACUAUAAAGAAGAGGGGCUGUUCCUCUUUGUCAACUUAGCUACUAAUACUCAAUGCGAACGUCAUUUUGAGCUGUAAGGAGGCAAGCAAAUGAAGGGAGGCAUUACGGGCCGGGUUUUAUCCUCCAAAAAGAAAAGGGGAAUUCUAUGAUAUGGCUAAUGGUUUUGAUAAGCUUGGAUAGGGGAAGUUGAGAGAGUACAUUUUAAAUGUUUCCCAAAUAUAGGAGAGAUCAAGGUGGAUGGAUUCAUGGUGAAGCAAAACUCGAACUUCUACCAUUUGCCCGACACGUUGCUUACCAAGCUCACUUCCCGGGUGGAAUCAGUGCAGUUUCUUCAUGUCAAAGCACAGCCUUUGAAUGAGUUUAUCGAGCCUCGUUUACCCAAAAAUGCCGAUUGUUUCCCCAACCUAAACAAUGCCACUUACCCUUCGGAAAGACAAGGCUACUGUAGACACUCCUGCACGAGUAAAAUCAGAAUCGACGACAAGAAACAGACAAGAAAGAUACUAAGAUCAGCCAGCACCAAAAGCAUCAUCUUAGCUUGUAAUACAAGGAGAAAAAGGAAGAGAACCCAGCUUUUAGAGCAUGUGGAAAAGAACUCAGAUCUGGAGGAACCAAUCAAAGAUGCAGAAAAGUUCGAUGGCUCGAUCGAUACAUCAUCGUACCAUAAUAUGCCAAAUGAUGAGGUUAGAACCACAAAACAUAGGUAUGCAAGCUCCUCCACAACCAGUGAGUUAUCAUCUGAAGUCAUGUCUGUUUCAAGUAUCAUAAAGAGAUAUUUUCCAAGCCACGACGAAGUAAGCAGCGUUCCAAAUCGAUCGAGCGGUGGCAUUACUCGUAGUGAGCCAGAGGAAAGAAGCCCAAGCUUGUUGCCUUUGAAAUCGCCAUUUAAAGCAGGUACUCCAAAACCUGAGAGAUCAUCUAAGCUUGGGAAAAGGCUGGUAAUGGCUUCAUAUAACCUUGGGAUUUCUCCCAACAGAGGAAGGCCAGAAAUUUCACUCUGCAAUUCCAGAGGUAAAAAGUUUCAAGAACUCAUGUCUUUGGCUAAAAGUUCUUGUUUUGAGAUAAGUGAUAGAGAAGAUUGAAAUUUUAGCAUUAGAUUUCUUUGUAUUGGAUGAAAAGUGUAUACAUAUAUCCAUCCAUUCCAUUAGUCUAACUAGGUCGGGUUGUGUUGGGUUAGGUUUAAUUCAGAUUUAGAGCUUUUUUUUUUUUUCGUAUAAAAGAGAUCGGGAGUACAUGUUAAUUGAACUAUGUCAAAUUUGGUGUUAAAA